AUGACUUACUCAUCAAAUUUUCUGAUGAAUUUGGAACGUCUGAGGAAGGAAUUGGAGGAAGGAAUUGACCAAGGAGGCCCAAAGAGGGAAUAUUUCUGUCUUGUUAUGGAGCAUUUGCUCCAUUCCCACUUAUUUGAAGGACCUCCAAAUUCGAGAAUUAUCUCUAUGAAUAAAGCAGCUUGUGACAACAACCAUUUUUUGGCUGCUGGGAGAUUGAUCGCACUGUCAAUUGUUCAUGGAGGUCCUGCACCACAUUGUUUCUCUCCCCUCAUGGUCCAUGCCUUGCAGUUUGGACCUAAAGAAACCAAGCUACUAAAGGCACGGACAGAAACAGCUAGGAGUCGGGCCAUGGGAAAAUUGGAACAUUUCUUUACCUAUGCUGGAAUCCCAUUUUACAAUUGUUCCACCCAGGAAUCUGUGGAACAGCUUGUUAAAACAGCCUCACAUUCAUACAUGUUUGAUCGGACUAGCGAGGCAUUUAGACAGUUUAGACAAGGAUUAGACAUCUUGAAAGUGGGGGAUAACAUCAAAUCUGUGAAAUGGACCCAGGAUAAUUUUGAGGACCUAUUUCAAUAUCAGCUCGAUGAGCCAGGAUCAAAUUCCCGGGUGAACCAAGCCCAGUGCAUUGCUUUUUGGAGGGAUUAUUUGGAGGAGGUAGAAGAAGAAACUGUGGCGCUGAAGUUCAGUCAGAUUCUCCAGUUUUGUACUGGAGCAAAAGAGGUGCCACCAUUGGGAUUCAGUCCACAACCAACAAUUGCUUUUUGGGACGAAAAGUACCCGAAAGCCAAUACAUGUGCAAAUACACUGGUUUUACCCACUACAUCCAAGAGGUAUAAGGAAUUUGUGGGGAACAUUGAAUUUGGCAUUUUGAACGCUCAGGGUUUCCUCAUUGAGUGA